AAAGAAAGAAAAAGGGUCCAAUCUUUCCUAUACAAUGCAUAACACUGCACUGCUUUCUCUUGACUCGAGUCUUGAGAUCUUUCUUGAUCUUUUUCUCUCUCUAUUUUUUCCAAGUGCGGUUCAGUGACUGACACAGAACAGGGAGAGAUCACCUUCGACAAACCAGAAUCCGGUACCCGGUCGUUGAAAAUUUUGUUGAUAAUCAAAUCGGUUUUUUUGAGGUUGAGAGACAUUCAAAGGAAGCUUCUUCUUCUUCAACCUCUGUGGACAUUCAUGAUCUCAGCCUCACGGACCCGUUACAUGAAGACUCACUUUCUGGCUCUUAACUAUGGGGACCGUCGAGAAAUCCCAAGUUGUCGAUGUGGAGGGAAGUGAUUUCCGGAGCUCGGGCGUCGGUGUCUGCGACGUCUACUUCCAAUCUGGCGAACGUUCAGAUAAGGAGCAGAGGUGUUCAAAAGAAUCCGGGACUGAAAUUGUGGGGGUGUCUGAGAAGCAGAGGGGAUCCUCUGCGUCAGACUGUUCUGUGGAGGUGGAUCUGGAAGGCCAGGUUCCCGACGUUAAGGUACAUUUGGCAAAAGUGGAGAGGGAUUGCAGGAUUUGUCAUCUGAGCUUGGAUGCAGCCAAUCUGGAAUCUGGGGUACCCAUUGAGUUGGGAUGUUCUUGUAAGGACGAUUUGGCUGCUGCCCACAAGCAGUGUGCUGAAGCUUGGUUCAAGAUUAAGGGAAACAAGACUUGUGAGAUCUGUGGAUCAAUUGCACACAAUGUUGCUGGUGUGAAUGAUACUGAGUUGAUGGUGCAGUGGGAUGAGACGAAUGAUGCUACAGCAACAGCAGCUAUGCACCAAACAGAGUCUCGGCGCUUCUGGCAGGGUCACCGGUUUCUGAAUUUUCUGCUUGCUUGUAUGGUCUUUGCAUUUGUCAUCUCUUGGCUCUUUCACUUCAAUGUAACUUCAUAAAAUACCGUGACAAAAUAUAUAUAUAUAUAUAUAUAUAUAUAUAUAUAUGGCAUGUCUCUUAGGGUUGAUGGCUUUUAGCACCUGCACAGGCACCAUGCUCGAUAAGCGCAUGUCCACUCUUGCUUUUAGUAUUUGUCUAUUUGAUUGAUGUUAUUGUAUAAUCGGGAAUGUAUUCACCAAGAUAGUUAUCAUGUCACUGUUGUAAGUUGUAACUUUAUUUGCUUUGUAACAGUUGUAUCAAAAUGUAGCCUUCUCACUCUCUCACCUUUCA